AUGGUGCUGGAUGCGUUGAGGCAUGCGUGUGAUUCGUUGGAUUAUCUGAUUUUGAAGAACCAGAGCGUGUUCAAUUUUUGUGCGAUCCCGCUGACGAUGGCGAUCGCUUCGCUCGAGUUGAACCCUGCGAUGUUUCAGAGCAAUAUUGAAAUUCGGAAGGCUACUGCUGCUUCGUUCUGGGAACCCCCCUAA